AGUGGUGGAGUUGUUGCGGACACUUGGUGCUUAAAAAAAAAGAAACUACCAACAAGUUCACAAAAUGGGAACUUUCACUAAAGUCUUACUAACUGCUGCUUGUGUCGCUUUCCUGGCUGUCAAGUGGACUGCGCACCGUUUUGACUCAGAAUCUCUCAGAGGUGCGAGGGUAUUGGUGACUGGGGCCAGUACGGGUAUUGGUGAACAAAUGGCAUAUCACUAUGCCCGCUUUGGAGCCCAGGUAGUAAUUACAGCGAGGAGGGAGAAAGUGUUACAGAAGGUGGCAGAGAAAUGCCUGAGUUUGGGAGCCCAGAAAGCUCUCUACAUAGCGGCAGACAUGGCCAGCGACUCAGACCCCGACAAAGCUGUAGAUUUUGCUCUGGAAAAACUCGGAGGGUUGGAUUACCUGGUUCUCAACCACAUCGGCCAGAGCCCCUUCAGCAUGUGGGAGGGAGAUGUGGAGCACACCAGGUGGCUGAUGAAGGUCAACUUCCUCAGCUAUACUCAGAUGGCUUGGAGAGCGUUGGCUUCCCUUGAGCAAAGUAAAGGAGCACUGGUGGUUGUUUCAUCGCUUUUAGGUAAAAUGCCCAGUCCCUUCGUGGCACCGUAUACCUCAACAAAAUUUGCCUUGAAUGGUUUCUUCGGGGCCCUUUACCAUGAGCUGGCUAUGAAGAAAAGCAAUGUGUCCAUCUCGAUAUGUACACUGGGGCUCAUUGACACUCAAUCAGCUAUGGAAAAAGUCAGGGCAGUCACAAAUGUACCAGCCUAUCCCGCCACAGAUGCAGCCUUGAACAUCAUCAUUACAGGAGCCACGAGACAGCCGGAGCUCUUCUACCCCUGGUUCACCCACAUUGUGACUCUGAGCAAAGACUGGUUCCCUUCCUUCACAGACUAUAUCAUGCAGAACUCCUACAACUACAUCCCAUGAAAAACAUUAAUUCUGUAAUUGAUGUAUUCCGCUACCCAAAUUUAGCCUUGAAAUUCUAGCAUACACAGACUUUUUGCCCCAAUCUUUAAUUUUUUCAGAUGGAAAACUUGCGACACUACAUGAAAAAACAUUGUUUUUUCAUGCACUAGUCAAUUAUGAUAUUUUGCUGCCAUGACAUGUCUAAUUUCAGACUGGUGGAAAGAAAUCACCCAAAAUACACAUUUAGGUUUAUAUUCUACUACUUUGUCUAUUUGCAUCUGUGGAUUUGUCCUAAAUGACUAAAGUUAGCAUUAGAUAAUGCCUCAUUUAUAUAUUUAUACACAGAAUUACUUGAAAUUAAAAAAAAGUCUUAAUGUGAGUAAUCAACUGGAGAAGCUUUAUUGUGACACCUACUGGUAACUUUUUCUCAAAGUGAUUAUUUUUCUCAGACUCUGAGCCAGAAAUCUCCACAUCGGAAACACCAUAACACCAAACAUUCCAGUUUCAUUCCUCUCUAUAUUCUGAAUGUCUUGACUGAGAAGUUUGUUCAUAUAUCAUUCAUCGCCUGAUUUACACAACUCUUUAUUCCUGAAAACAUGGAGAGAAUGGCGAGUGAUACAAAGACAUAUCCAGUAAAAAAAAAUGUUGAUUCUAAUAUGUCAACAAAAUUAAACAAUAUUUUCAAACCUGGCUUCUUGCAAUAUGUAUGCAAAUAUAAAAAUGUACGCAAAGUAGAACAUAUUUAAUAAGAUAUUGUCUCCUUAAACACUAGGCUGCCAGGACACCUGAUAAGUGAUUUUUUUUUUAUUCAUACAAAAACAUUCAGCCAUACAGACUUAUAGGAAUCAAGCAAACACUCAAUAUAUACCCGUUGAGAAAGAGGCAUUACCGUGAGGAUCGAAUAGUACUUUGAUUGUCCA